ACCUGUGGUAUUUAUUGACAACGAUAUAAACAGACGCGACGAUUCGGGAUCCACAAUUUCAAGCUCAUAUUUCUUGACUUCUAACACCCAUUUUACAACAUCUCCCGUUCUAUAACUAUGGCUGGAAGAAAACGAGCUGCAGAAGAAUCUGCCACCGAGAAGCGCGAGACGCGCAGUGCCAAGGUACCCAGAACAGAGGGUCGAAAGAGCGCCAAGGGCACCGGGAGGAAGGGCGCAGCUCGAUUGAAGACGGGGAUGGGUGCUACUGCGUUCAAGUCGCGUGCUCAACCCUUACAUGUUAACAUUUCACACACUAGGCCUCCCACUGACGUUGAGUCGACGGAUCCUGGGUUCGUGGAGGCUAUAGAACUCGCUUCAUCGAGCUUUUCUACUGGGAGCUUCGGAUGGAAAGCGAGCAAGCGCAUCACUGUGAAUUUGCCCAAGUUGGAGGGAGAGGAGGAAGAUGAAAAAGUGCAUGUCAUGUUAACAAUCAAUGCCACUGUCAUUGGCAGCAAAGGUGCUAAGGAGGAUGUUGAGGAGGGUGAGGAGGGUGAGAAAUUGGGGGAAAAGGUGGGAGAGAAAGCUGAAGAGAAAGCUGUAGAGAAAGAAUCCGAGGGGGUGGACGAACCUGCACAAGAGGAACCUGCUCCUCCUGCAGAAGAAGCCGAGGGAACAGAACAGGAGGCUUCAUAAGCUGUAUUUUUAUUCGUGCGUUGACAAAGUCCUAGUUCCUGUUUUUUUUUUUUGUUUAUCCGAGA